CUCUAAGUGGUGAUGUGGACUCCUUCCUCCUCAGUGGACUGAGCCCUAACACGGAGUAUGAAGUGAUGCUCCAAGCCGUCUUCAAAGACCAAUCAGAGAGUGAUGCGGUGUUAGUGGUGGAGACGACACUUGCCAGGACAACAACGGUUGCCACUACAACGCCAGUGAUGCGUCAGGCGGUGAGAGGCCUGCAGGUCCAGGAGGAGACCACCUACAGCCUGGAGGUGUCAUGGCAGCUGGAGGAUCCUAAGGUGGACCAGUACAGAGUCACCUACGUCAGCCUCACAGGAGACCGCAACGAGGAGUCAGUCCUAGUGCCUGGACAGCAGACCACAGUCCUUCUCCAGCCUCUGCUGUCUGACACAGAGCACAAGGUGACGGUCACCCCAGUCUACACAGAUGGACAGGACGGCAUCAGUGUUUCUUCUGUGGGCAGAACAUUGCCCCUCUCGGCGCCUAGCAACCUGAGGGUGUCUGAGGAGUGGUUCAGUCGCUUCCGCAUCACCUGGGACACGCCUCCUUCUCCCACCUUGGGCUUCAGGGUAGUCUACCAACCCACCUCUGUGCCGGGGUCAGCUCUGGAGACCUUUGUGGGAGACGACGUCAACACCAUGCUGAUCCUGAACCUGCAGAGUGACACUGAGUACACUGUGAAGGUCAUCUCUUCCUACACCACGGGAUCCAGCCAGCCUCUCCAGGGCACCGCCAAGACAUUGUACCUGGGCGUGACCAACCUGAACACCUACCAGGUGAUGAUGUCCAGUAUGUGUGUCCAGUGGCAGCCCCAUCGUCAGGCUGACCUCUACAGGGUGGUCAUCGAGUCUCUGCUCAAUGGCCAGAAACAGGAAGUGAGUGUUGGAGGCUCUGCGUCUAGACAGUGUUUCUAUGAUCUGACCCCUAACAGCCAGUAUAAGAUCAGCGUUUCCACCCAGCUACAGGACAUGGAGGGGCCCGCCGUCACCACCAUCACUACAACACUCCCCGCCCCCACCCAGCCACCAACACCAGCCCCCACGUCACCCCCCCUACCGACCAUACCGCCCGCCAAGGAAGUCUGUAAGGCAGCCAAAGCUGACCUGGUCUUCUUGGUGGACGGGUCUUGGAGCAUCGGAGAUGACAACUUCCAGAAGAUUAUCCGCUUCCUGUACAGUACGAUGGGAGCUCUGGAUCUGAUUGGUCCUGACGGCACACAGGUUGCUAUAGCACAGUUCAGUGAUGAUGCCAGGACCGAGUUCAAGCUGAACUCAUACGCUAACAAGGAAACGCUGCUCGACGCCAUCAGGCGAAUCACAUACAAGGGAGGGAACACCAAGACAGGCCGGGCCAUUAAGCAUGUGAAGGAAUCUAUCUUCACCUCAGAGGGAGGAGUGAGGAGGGGGGUUCCUAAGGUACUGGUGGUCCUCACCGAUGGCCGUUCCCAAGACGAUGUCAACAAGGUCUCCAAGGAGAUGCAGAUGGAAGGCUGCAUCAUCUUUGCCAUUGGCUUUGCUGAUGCGGACUACGGAGAGUUGGUGAACAUCGCCAGCAAACCCAGCGACAGACACGUCUUCUUUGUGGACGAUUUGGACGCUGUCAAGAAAAUUGAGGAGCAGCUGAUCACUUUUGUGUGUGAGGCUGCCACUGCCACUUGUCCAUCGGUUCUGAUGAGCGGCAACACCAUAGCAGGCUUCAGGAUGAUGGACAUGUUUGGCCUGGUAGAGAAGGAGUACAGUAACGUAGAGGGAGUGUCCCUGGAACCAGGCUCCUUCAACAGCUUCCCCUGCUACAGACUGCGCAAAGAUGCCCUGGUCUCACAGCCCACCAAGUACCUCCACCCAGAAGGUUUGCCCUCUGACUACACCAUCACCAUCCUGUUCCGCCUGCUACCAGACACCCCCCAGGAGCCCUUUGCAUUGUGGGAGAUCCUCAACAAAGACAAUGAACCCCUGGUGGGGGUCAUCCUGGACAAUGGUGGGAAGACUCUGACGUUCUUCAACUACGACUACAAGGGAGACUUCCAGACAGUCACUUUUGACGAGCCUGACAUCAAGAAGAUGUUCUAUGGCAGUUUCCACAAGCUCCACAUGGCGAUCAGUAAGACCACAGCCAGGGUGGUGGUUGACUGUAAGGUAGUGGGAGGAAAGCCCAUCAACGCAGCGGGCAACAUCAGUAUAGACGGGCUGGAGGUACUGGGACGCAUGGUACGAUCCAGAGGGAAGAGAGACAACUCAGCUCCGUUCCAGAUCCAGAUGUUUGACAUUAUCUGCAGCACGUCCUGGGCCAGUCGAGACAAGUGCUGUGAGCUCCCUGGACUGAGGCUGGAGGAGGACUGUCCUGCCAUGCCCCAUGCCUGCAGCUGUUCUCAGGACAGUAAAGGACCUCCCGGACCCACAGGACCUCCCGGAGGUGCUGGUAUCAGAGGGGCCAGGGGAGAUCGAGGGGAGCCAGGCAAUGUGGGGCCUCAAGGACUAGUUGGUGAUAAAGGUCCUCCUGGACCACAGGGCCCCCCUGGUCCUCAAGGGCCGAGUGGACAUUCCAUCCAGGGACCACCGGGUGGUGAUGGUGAAAAGGGAGAAAAGGGAGAUGUUGGUUUACCAGGACCUCAGGGUGUUGGUGGAUCUCCUGGCGGACCAGGAAGAGGUGGACCAGUUGGACAGAGGGGCCUGCCUGGGAAGGAUGGACCACAAGGACAGCAGGGGCAGUCCUGGAGCCCCGGGGCCCCUGGUGGAUAUGGCUCUCCUGGACCGCUGGGAGACCAGGGACCACCUGGCCCUGCUGGUACCAAAGGAGACAAGGGUGAACGGGGAGACCUGCAGUCUCAAGCUACCGUCAGAGCCUUAGCACGCCAAGUGUGUGAACAACUGAUUCAGAGUCACAUGUCUCGCUACAGCUCCAUCCUGAACCAGAUCCCCAGCCAGUCAGUGUCUGUGAGGACGGUACCGGGACCUCCAGGAGAGCCCGGUCGCAGGGGUCUGCCAGGGCCACAGGGAGAGGGGGGGCCCACAGGCAGACCAGGGUUCCCUGGGACCAACGGACAGGAUGGACGACCGGGGGAGAGAGGUCUCCCAGGAGAGAAGGGGGAGAGAGGGAGUCAAGGUGUGGGGACACAGGGCCCCAGAGGUCCCCCAGGACCACCAGGGUGGUGA